AUGGCUGUUAUCGAAGAUACUCCUCGUCGGAAUGUACAAUGGCGUCGUGACCUCUCCCAAGACGAUGUAUCGCGGCUGACCAUCAAGGCUGGAAAUAAAGCCGGGGUCUGCAUGAUUUCUCUCGAGAAAGACACCCGGACAGUCACUGUUGCGCAUAUUAUCAGCAGGGAGAAGAGAUUCGAACAGUACGAGAUGCAGCGAUUAGAACAUAUCUGUGGUUUUAAUCCUGGCGAGUUCUCUGUGCACUCAUCGAGUAACCUCGUGUUUCUCCGGCUCGAUUAUCAUAAGCUUCUGGAUCAAGGAGGCUGGGUUAUGCUACCAUCUCUCCGAAUCAUGACGGCAAUCGAGCAAUACUACAGUAGAAAGUGCGAGGAGGCUUAUAAGAAGAACAGUGUGCCUGAUUUUACGGGUUGCAAAGAUAACGACGACUUGAAUAAAAUCCUGAAUUAUCGGAUCAUCCCCCUCGGUGUCCUUGGUUACGAUGACGUUGUCGUUCGACCAGGUAAGGUCUACCGGAAUGUGCAGGAGCUGCCCGAAAUCUCGUCCUGGGUACAUCCUUUCUAUGCAAUCUGGCACGCUGGUGGCUACAUCGACAGACUCGAGGCUUGGGUACAUAACCUCGUUCUCUCCCGUCUAUCUAACGAUGAUACACAGCGAGUACAGGCAGCCCUUAGGAUUUAUUAUAUCUGGAAGUCCAUCCCCCUUCCCCCCCGUUUCGAGCCCGACUUCAAACCCGUCAAGAACAUCAAGCGUGCGGAUGCCGAUAAUGCGAAGCAGACAGUGAGAAAUUCAGUAGCUGCUCCGUCUCAGGCUAGCCGGCAGGUGAACACUGACGGCGGUGCGAAUGCCGACAACAACGACCACAACUCUGGGGAGGCCGGCGCCUGCGCCGACGGCAACAACGCAGGUAAUAAUGUUGGCAACAGUAACGUCCAUGAUCAUCCGCAUACGACGCGCAGCAAGACGGGAUCCAUCAAACUCAAACCCAAAACGACUCCCUCCACGACUUCUAAGAACGCGAAGAAUCGGGCGCAGGAACCUGGCCCUAGCACUGACGGCCCUGGACGUGAUCAACAAGAAGGCGAAGGCGAGUCCAACUGUAGAGGGAGGUCAGGGCAGAGAGGUAGAUCUACUCGUCCGAGAGCGAAUACGACUGGAAGGCCACGUUCUGCUGCGAAGAGUGGAAAGCCAGGGGCAAGGACUCGGAGCCAUAAGUGA